AUGGGGAAUGCGUGUUGUGUUGCUGCUCGGGACAAAAUGGUUGUGCCUAAUUCAUCAGUUACUGAGAAUUUGCCGAGGAGUAAUCUUAGGCAUUCUCCAUCUUGGAGUUUUCGGUGGGAUAAUAGAGGACGAGUAGCUGGUGAAGAGACCUCUCUCAGUUGGUUAUCUGAUGGGAUUAGUCGGAACGACGGGUCUGAGAUCAAAUCUGAAUCUGCAUUCGUAUCAUCUGACGGGUCCCCUUUGGAUAGUUUUCGGACACAUACAUUCCAGAAGUCUCCAGCUUCAGAUCUAUCUUUUCCGAGAAAUUCUUCAAUGGAUACAGUCUUUGAGCAGAAAGAACAUGAUUUAGCUGAGUCUGCAGCACCAUCAUAUCCGUCUCCUGCACAAUUGUCCCUUUCACUGGCUUCUCAACCAUCAUCUUUCUCAACGUCACCACUAUCGUCCCAGAGCUACUUGCACCCUGCAAGUUCAUCGACAGUUAAACCGACACAGCGCCCUUGUCUAUCAAAGCAAGUUUCAGAUGGGCAAACGUAUGGAGUGAACUCACUAAAUAGAAGCUCAGCAACUGAAGAGAGGCAGGGAACUCCUCUGAGAUAUGAUUCUUCUCAGAGUGGACCAUCUGAAAGUUGGUCACUGCAAGCCUUUUCUGAUAUGAUGUCCUCUUCUCGCGGCGAAGAGCCUUUGUCUUAUGAUAAUGAGUGUUUUGGGCUUCAUCGUGACAAGAUAGACCGUCGUGGGAACCGAAUGUCCAAUCAUCAGCAGCUAACCUGUGGUGCUUGCUCUAGACCCUUGUCAGAGAGAUCCUUGUGGAGCAGCCAAAAGAUCUUUAUGACCAACGAGCUCUCUGUGUCUGCAAUUCUGGCUUGUGGGCAUGUCUAUCAUGGUGAGUGUUUAGAGCAGAUGACGCUGGAGGUCGAUAAAUUUGACCCUUCAUGCCCAAUCUGUACAUUGGGUGAGAAGAAAACAGCGAAGCUGUCAGAGAAAGCGUUGAAAUUAGAGAUGGAUUUGAAAGCUAGACACAACAAAAGACUCAGAAACCGAGUUUUGGACAGUGAUUUUGAUUGCGAUGAAUUUGUAAUGUUUGAUCACAGCCACAGGGCAACAGCAGCAGCAGGCAAGAGCCCUAAACUUAGCUCGAGUUCGAGCGCCAAAAGCCAUUCCGCAAAGCCUUUCUUGGCUCGACAUUUCUCUUUCGGGUCCAGAAGUAACAGUAAAUCCACUAAGGAGAAUCUUCCUGUAAAAAAGAAAGGCUUCUUCUGGACCAAAUCCAGCAAAAUAUGA